UUCACGUUGUUGGUGAUCCGCCGAAAACAUCAGUAGAGAGGUGGGCUUGGGAUGUGAGUCUAGAGAGAACACAAAAUGGCGAUGCUGUGUUCGGACUCGAAGGCGCCUUUGCGGCCCGUCAAAAGGGUCCAAUUUGGUAUUCUCAGCCCAGAUGAAAUCCGGCGGAUGUCGGUCACAGAAGGGGGCAUCCGCUACCCUGAGACUUAUGAAGGCGGAAGGCCAAAGAUUGGGGGUCUCAUGGACCCACGCCAGGGUGUCAUGGACAGAAACUCUCGCUGCCAAACUUGCGCUGGUAACAUGACGGAGUGUCCUGGACACUUUGGACAUCUGGAACUAGCAAAGCCAGUUUUUCACGUCGGCUUUCUGAAACAGACCAUCAAAGUGAUUCGCUGUGUUUGUUUCUACUGUUCAAAAAUGCUUGUCGGACCUAAUAAUCCCAAAAUCAAAGAGGUCGUGAUGAAAACCAAAGGUCAGCCAAGGAAGCGUUUGGCUUUUGUGUAUGACCUCUGCAAAGGCAAAAACAUUUGCGAGGGUGGUGAUGAAAUGGACCUGGCCAAAGACCCAGACCGAAACCCUGAAGAUCCUGGUGGUGCGGCUAAAAAGCAAGGGCAUGGCGGCUGUGGUCGUUACCAGCCAAACAUUCGUCGUGCUGGGCUUGACCUGACUGCGGAGUGGAAACAUGUCAAUGAAGACACACAAGAAAAGAAAAUCAACCUCUCUGCUGAGAGAGUCUACGAGAUUUUCAAACACAUUUCAGAUGAGGAGUGCUUCAUCAUGGGCAUGGACCCGAAAUAUGCUCGUCCUGACUGGAUGAUUACCACAGUAUUGCCAGUGCCCCCAUUGGCCGUUCGGCCUGCCGUCGUGAUGUAUGGCUCGGCCCGGAACCAGGACGAUUUGACUCACAAACUGGCUGACAUCAUCAAGUCAAACAACGAACUGGCCAGAAACGAGCAGGCCGGCGCUGCAGCUCACGUGCUCUACGAAAACACUAAGAUGCUCCAGUUCCACGUGGCAACGCUAAUUGACAAUGACAUGCCUGGCAUGCCGAGGGCGAUGCAAAAGUCUGGCAAGCCGCUGAAGGCUAUCAAAGCCCGCUUGAAGGGCAAGGAAGGGCGAAUCAGAGGAAACUUGAUGGGAAAGCGUGUUGACUUCUCUGCUCGUACUGUCAUCACGCCUGAUCCCAAUCUGCACAUCGAUCAGGUUGGAGUGCCUCGAUCCAUUGCUCAGAACUUGACGUUCCCAGAGAUUGUAACACCAUUCAACCUUGAACACAUGCAAGAGUUGGUGCGCCGAGGCAACUCUCAGUACCCUGGUGCCAAGUACAUUGUUCGGGAUAAUGGGGAACGUAUCGAUUUGCGUUACCACCCAAAACCUUCAGACCUUCACCUCCAGUGUGGAUACAGAGUGGAGAGGCACAUCCGGGAUGGCGACUUGGUCAUCUUCAACCGUCAGCCCACACUUCACAAGAUGAGUAUGAUGGGGCACAGAGUGAAGGUACUGCCUUGGUCGACGUUCCGCAUGAACCUCAGUGUAACUUCUCCCUACAACGCUGAUUUUGACGGCGAUGAAAUGAACUUGCACGUGCCUCAGUCGAUGGAGACCAGGGCUGAGGUUGAGAACAUCCACGUCACACCCAGACAGAUCAUCACCCCACAGGCCAACAAACCUGUCAUGGGUAUUGUGCAAGACACCCUGACUGCAGUCAGGAAAAUGACCAGACGAGAUGUCUUCAUUGAGAAAGAGCAGAUGAUGAAUAUUCUGCUGUUUUUGCCCAUCUGGGACGGGAAAAUGCCACAACCAGCCAUCUUGAAGCCAAAGCCUCUGUGGACAGGCAAGCAAAUCUUCUCGCUCAUCAUUCCUGGCAAUGUCAACAUGAUUCGGACCCACUCGACUCAUCCCGACGAUGAGAAUUCAGGUCCCUAUAAUUGGAUUUCACCUGGAGACACAAAGGUUAUGGUCGAGCAUGGUGAACUGAUCAUGGGGAUCCUCUGUAAGAAGACCCUGGGUACCUCCGCAGGGUCUCUUCUGCAUAUUUGUAUGUUGGAGUUGGGCCAUGAAGAGUGUGGCCGGUUUUACGGAAACAUCCAGACAGUGGUGAACAAUUGGCUGCUCCUUGAAGGUCACUCCAUCGGCAUAGGAGACACCAUUGCUGAUCCUCAGACCUACAUUGAAAUCCAGAGGGCCAUUAAGAAGGCCAAAGAAGACGUGAUUGAGGUCAUUCAAAAGGCCCACAACAUGGAGUUGGAGCCAACACCAGGAAACACCCUGAGGCAGACCUUCGAAAAUCAGGUCAAUCGUAUUUUGAACGAUGCUCGUGACAAGACUGGUGGCUCUGCAAAGAAGUCCCUCACCGAGUACAACAACCUGAAGGCCAUGGUGGUUGCCGGUUCCAAAGGUUCCAACAUCAACAUUUCCCAGGUCAUUGCCUGUGUGGGUCAGCAGAACGUUGAGGGCAAGCGUAUUCCAUUCGGCUUCAGAAAGAGAACCCUUCCUCACUUCAUCAAGGAUGACUACGGUCCCGAGUCAAGAGGAUUUGUCGAGAACUCGUACUUGGCUGGCUUGACGCCGUCAGAGUUUUACUUCCACGCCAUGGGUGGUAGAGAGGGUCUCAUUGAUACUGCUGUCAAGACUGCAGAAACUGGUUACAUCCAGCGUCGUCUCAUCAAAGCCAUGGAGUCUGUCAUGGUGCAUUAUGACGGAACAGUGCGAAACUCUGUUGGCCAGUUGAUUCAGCUUCGUUAUGGUGAGGAUGGUCUUUGCGGAGAGACGGUCGAGUUCCAAACUCUGCCAACAAUCAAGCUUUCCAAUGAUGAGUUUGAGCGUGGAUACAGAUUUGACCCUGGCAAUGAAAGAUACCUCAGGAGAGUUUUCAGUGAGGAUGUCGUGAAGGAGUUGAUGGGGUCUGGAGAGGUUAUUUCCGAGCUUGAGAAAGAGUGGGAUUUGCUGAAAAAGGACCGGGAGAGCAUGAGGGAGACCUUCCCAAGUGGAGAAGACAAAGUUGUGCUGCCGUGCAACUUGGAGCGCAUGAUUUGGAAUGCGCAAAAGAUUUUCCACAUCAACAAACGUCUGCCCACGGACCUUUCACCACUGACCGUGAUCGAGGGUGUUAGAAAUUUACUGACAAAAUGCAUUAUUGUGGCUGGCGAAGACAGACUCAGCAAACAGGCCAACGAGAAUGCCACCUUAUUGUUCCAGUGCUUGGUGCGCUCCAUUCUCUGUACCAAAAAUGUAGCAGACAAGUACAGACUGAGUGCAGAGGCAUUUGAAUGGCUGGUGGGAGAAAUCGAGACUAGAUUCCAGCAGGCCCAAUGUCAACCUGGAGAAAUGGUUGGUGCCUUGGCUGCUCAGUCUCUUGGUGAACCUGCCACUCAGAUGACACUUAACACUUUCCAUUUUGCUGGUGUAUCAUCGAAAAACGUGACACUUGGUGUGCCGAGGCUGAAGGAAAUCAUCAAUAUUAGCAAGAAACCAAAAGCCCCUUCUCUGACCGUUUUCUUGACUGGUGCCGCUGCCAGGGACGCUGAGAAAGCCAAGAAUGUGCUGUGUCGCUUGGAACACACCACCCUAAGAAAGGUCACAGCUAAUACUGCCAUCUACUACGAUCCCGAUCCGCAAAACACAGUCAUCUCUGAGGAUCAGGAGUUUGUUAACAUUUACUACGAAAUGCCUGACUUUGACCCAACCAGAAUAUCUCCCUGGUUACUCCGUAUUGAGCUUGACCGCAAACGUAUGACAGACAAAAAAUUGACCAUGGAGCAGAUUGCGGAGAAAAUCAACCUGGGCUUUGGUGACGACUUGAACUGUAUCUUCAACGAUGACAACGCUGAGAAGCUCGUUCUGCGAAUUCGCAUCAUGAACAGCGGCGGUGAUGAUGGCAAAUUUGACGACGACGAGCAGCAGGCUGACAAGAUGGAGGACGAUAUGUUCCUGAGGUGCAUCGAGGCAAACAUGCUGUCAGACAUGACCUUGCAGGGCAUUGAGGCCAUCACCAAGGUCUACAUGCAUCUGCCACAGACUGACUCGAAGAAGAAAAUUGUCAUCACAGACAACGGCCGCUUCAAGGCCAUUGCCGAGUGGCUGCUUGAGACGGACGGAACCAGUUUGAUGAAAGUCCUCAGCGAGAGGGACGUAGACCCUGUGAGAACUUCCUCCAAUGAUAUCUGUGAAAUUUUCUCGGUACUCGGCAUUGAGGCAGUCCGAAAGUCUGUCGAGAAGGAAAUGAAUGCUGUGCUGCAGUUCUACGGCUUGUAUGUCAACUACCGGCAUCUGGCCUUGCUUUGUGACGUCAUGACCGCCAAGGGUCACUUGAUGGCCAUCACUCGUCACGGCAUCAACAGACAGGACACUGGUGCUCUUAUGAGGUGCAGUUUUGAAGAGACAGUUGAUGUGCUCAUGGACGCCGCCUCGCAUGCUGAGCAGGAUCCAAUGAGAGGUGUUUCAGAAAACAUUAUUCUUGGCCAACUUCCUCGCAUGGGCACUGGAGCCUUUGAUCUUUUACUUGACGCAGACAAGUGCAAGCACGGCAUUGAAAUCCCGAUGCACUUGGGUGCUGGAAUGAUGGUCGGCGCUCCUGCCGGCGGAAUCUUUGUAGGGGCUGCUACCCCAAGCAGCAUGAGUCCACAUAUGACCCCAUGGAACCAAGGAACUCCUUCAUAUGCUCACGCCUGGUCGCCAGGCCUUGGAAGUGGCAUGACUCCUGGUGGGCCAGGAUUCUCGCCUUCUGGCUCAAGCGACGCCUCCGGCCUCAGUCCAGGAUACAGUCCAGCUUGGUCGCCGCAGCCUGGCUCUCCGUCAGCAAGCCCAAGCAUGAGUCCAUACAUUCCAUCACCUGUUGGUGCCUCUCCAAACUAUAGUCCAUCGAGUCCUGCCUACGCUCCGGCGUCACCAUCGAUGACUCCGUCAUCACCCAACUACUCGCCAACAAGUCCGAGCUAUCUGACCAGCCCUUCGUACUCGCCCACAUCUCCAAACUACCCUGCGUCACCCAACUACAGUCCGUCGAGUCCUGGCUUCUCUGUAUCAUCGCCAAGAUACUCACCGACAAGCCCUUCGUACUCGCCAACAUCUCCUUCAUAUUCCAUGUCUCCAAGCUACUCUCCUCAGUCUCCAAACUACUCUCCGCAGUCGCCGAGCUAUUCGCCUCAGUCGCCGAGCUAUUCUCCACAAAGCUACUCGGCAACCACGCCAUCAUAUUCACCAAACAGCCCUUCAUACUCACCAACAUCACCGUCGUACUCUCCAACCUCUCCAUCCUACUCGCCCACCAGCCCUUCCUACAGCCCUUCAUCUCCGUCGUACAGCCCUUCGUCGCCAGCAUUCAACCCCAGCAGCCCUUGUUACACACCCGCGUCCCCUUCGUACUCAGGCUCGCCCUCGUACUCGCCUUCUAGUCCCAACUAUUCGCCAUCGAGUCCCAACACCUUCAGCCAGACGUCGCCCAAGUACUCGCCGUCUUCACCGUCCUACUCGGUGUCCUCGUACGCCCGCUCUUCUCCACAGUACAGCCCCAGCAGCCCGCAGUACUCGUCCUCUUCACCACAACACACAGCCACGUCGACCAGGUUUGGUGGUGCCAGUCCCAAGUACGCCAUGACCUCCAGCUCGUACUCGCCCCAGCAGCCGCAGUACUCGCCAUCGAGCACAAAGUACUCGCCCACCAGCCCAACUUUCUCCGCCUCACCCAAGGACGGCAGCGCCAGUGGCCAGGCCAGCUACUCGCCCACGUCCCCGAGCUACAGCCCCACUUCGCCUGCUUACGAACCUGAGGACGACAUGUAGACGGACACUUAUUUGUUAGUUGCACAAACCAUAUGUUUUGGUUGCAAACUUUCAUUUUUUCAUCAUUUCAUUUGGCCUCAAUCGUUGCAUUUGUACCAAAAUCUUUGUUUCCAUUCUAACACUAUUGCGGUUUAAGAAUAAAGUUCACAA